AUGGCCUACCGCGAUGAGGCUCCAUACCGUCCUCAGGAUGCCCAUGAGGUGUCCGAGAUGAUCCGCGGCCUCAACAGCCAUAUCAAAGGCAACGGAGGAAAGGGCGGUUUCUCAUGCAAAAAGAAUACUUUCGACGUAGUCGGCUCAAAUAUCAAAGUCGACUCUUGGAAGAUGCAGGACUGGGAUUACAAGAAGCCCAAUCUUCCUACUUACGCCAGAGGUCUUUUCACAACAACAAACUCAAAAGGUCAGCCCGAGAUUGUCACAAGAGGAUACGACAAGUUCUUCAACCACGGCGAAGUCAAGAAGACAGAAUGGACAAACGUCGAGCAGAAUACAAGAGGCCCUUACGAACUUAGUGUGAAGGAAAACGGCUGCAUCAUCUUCCUUUCUGGUCUCGAAGAUGGUACUCUACUGGUUUGCAGCAAGCAUUCGACUGGUCCUCGCGAUGAUACAGAAGUCAGCCACGCAAUCGCUGGUGAGAAGUGGGUCGAAAGACAUCUCGCUUCUGUAGGAAAGUCUAAGAAGGAUCUGGCCGCCCAGCUUCGCGCCAUGAACGCUACUGCUGUCGGAGAGUUGUGUGACGAUGAAUUCGAAGAGCACGUCCUCGCAUACAACCCGGAGACUGCUGGUCUGUACCUUCACGGAAUCAACCUCAAUCUUCCUGAAUUCGCCACAUAUCCCCACCACCUUGUCGACAGAUUCGCAUCUGAAUGGGGCUUUAAGCACACCAUGUUCAUCAUCGAGAACGACAUCAACAAGGUCAAGUCCUUCCUCGACAAGGUUGCAGAAACUGGAAGCUAUCACGGCAGAGAGACCGAGGGCUUCGUUGUCAGAUGCCAGGCCCGCGAGACUCCCGACACACCAUUCGAGGACUGGUUCUUCAAGUACAAAUUCGAGGAGCCUUACCUCAUGUACAGACAGUGGAGAGAAUGUACCAAAGCCGUCAUCGCUAAGAAACAGCCCAGGUUCAAGAAGCACAAGGACAUUACAGAAGAAUACCUUCACUACGCUCGCAAACGUCUGAAGGAGGACCCCAAGCUCGGAAAGGACUACAACAACAACCAUGGCAUCAUCAAGCUUAGAGACGACUUUUUGGCGGAACGUGGCCUAAAGGGCUCCGACAUAAUUCGUCAGGAGAUGGAGAAGGGCAACCAGCACGGCAUGGCUAUCGAUCGCAAUGUUGUGCUUAUUCCCAUCGCGACCAUUGGUUGCGGCAAGACUACCGUUGCUCUCGCCCUGUGUAAGCUGUUCGGCUGGGGCCACAUUCAGAACGACAACAUCACUCAGAAGCCCAAGCCCCUGAGAUUUGCACAGGCAAUUUGCGAUGGGCUUGUUGACUACCCAGUCAUGAUUGCCGACAGGAACAACCACCAGCGUCGCGAGAGAAAGCAAAUCUUCGACGACGUGUCAAAAACUGUUCCUGAUGUACACUUUGUUGGUCUCCACUAUGUUCACGACCGCGCAAGUUACGAUCAGAUUAAGCAGGCAACAAGAGAGCGUGUGUUGAGCAGGGGAGACAAUCAUCAGACAAUUCAGGCUGGUUCAAAGGGACAGCACGAGAUCAUUGGUAUCAUGGACGGCUUCAUGCAGCGUUUCGAGCCAGUCAGGAUUGAGCGUGAGCCUGACGAUGCUUUCGAACAUGUCAUCGAUCUUGAUGUCACCGCUUCUUCCCGCGAGAACCUGGAAACCGUCGUUGCUCAGCUGAACGCAGAAUUCCCCAAGCUUUUCGGUGCUAUGCCCUCUGGUGAAGAUCUCGACAGAGCGAUUGAAGCAGCUCUCAACGACUACAAGCCUGACAUCAAGCACGAGAUCAGUGGAAGCAACAAGUACAAGAACCAGGCACUAAAGCGUGGUCCAAACGGAGCCAAUGGUCAACCUGCACAGAAAGCUCCCAAGCUUGAGUACUUCAGCGCUACGUUGGAUCCCAAGCGUGUCCUGAGCAUCCUUGAUGCAGUCUUCCGCGACGCAGAUGUUGACACCGCAAAGACAUAUCGCGUGCUACAGACACAGAAUCGUGUUCAGCCAGAGUUCCACGUCACCUUGAUGCACCGCGCAUCUGCUUCUCAGAACAAGGAGUACUGGGAGCAGCUUGUAGAGGCUCACACAUCCGCCGUAAGCAAGCCCAACGCCGCACCCGAGCCAAUUCUUGGUAGCUGCAAGGUGUUGCUUGAGCGUCUUGUCUGGGAUGGUAGAUUGAUGUGCUUCGUCGUUCGUCUGAUCCCUGACGAGAAGGAUCAGGCUGGCGUACAUUGGCGUAGUGUCAAUGAAACUGCUCACAUCACUGUCGGCACUGUCAGCCCUGACAUCAAGCCCAAAGAGAGCAAUGAUUUGUUGAAGAGAUGGCUGCAGUCUGGUAGCGGAGGUAGCACUGGCAUCAAUGAGAUCACAGUCAAGGGUCAUGUUGAGUUGCCUGCUAUUAUCAAGAGUGUUUUGCAGAAGCAUUGA